AUGAAAUUUCUCCACCUAUUCGCACUGCUGGUCCUAGUGAUCGCCACGGCAGCGGUGCCUCUCACUGACGGACAGACGGGUAAAACUGAUAAGAACUCCCGAGUGAAACGUUUCCCACCUCCUCCACGAAGAGUCCCGCGACCUUGGCCUACUCGAAGCACUCCGCCUCCUAUGCGAAUACCGACUCCUACGUCUCGUCCACGUGCAUUAAUUCCUCAAAACCCAUGGGGAUAA